UGGGACAGACAUUUGGAAUAUAUACUAACAUGUAGUAGUUUUGUUGUUGGGAUUAAAAAUAUUCUUCAGUUUCCAACACUGACAGCCAAAAAUGGAGGCGGAGCGUUUUAUUUUGUAUACCUAUUAUUGGUAUGUAUAUUGGGAGUUCCUAUCCUAUACCUAGAGAUGUGUAUUGGUCAAUAUGUACAUGGUGGACCAAUGAAAGCCUGGACUGUCAUGCCAUUAGCUAAAGGUUUAGGAUAUGGUAUGUUGGUGUUAUGCACAUUGAUAUCUAUGUUUUAUAAUACAUACAGCGCCUGGGCAUUGUUUUAUCUUUUUUCUUCGUUUUCAUCAACUUUACCAUGGGAGGCAAACCAAGCAGAUUGGGACAUCCAUACAUCCAUACAAUUUUGUAUUUACUCUUGCAGUGAAGAUAUGCUUGAUAUAUCAAGUGGUUUGGGUGAUACAGGACAAGUCCAACCCUAUAUAGCAGGCUGUUUAUUUUUAACAUGGGUUGUGGUUGGCGUGGCUGUUUACUGGGGACGGAUCUCAGUGGGGAAGGUAGCUUAUGUUACUGGUACUCUACCUGCAGUUUUAUUCCUGGCAAUUUUUAGCGGUGUUAUUACAUUACCUGGUGCUGUUAGUGGUGUUAAAAUGUUUUUAACGCCCAAAUGGCAAGUGUUAGGUAAACCUCAGAUAUGGUUAGAUGGUGUUUUGAUAGUAUUAACUAGUAUGGGUUGUGGUACAGGUGGUAUUAUCAAUCUAUCAGGAUACUGUCACUUUCAUAGUGGUUGUUUCAGGAAUGCUGUAUUAACUGGUAUAUCUAAUGUUAUGGGAUGUACACUGGCUGGAUGCAGUAUGUUUGCUAUAUUAGGUGUUUAUACACAAAUUAUACAACAACCAAUAAAUACAUUCAAUAUCUCAGAAACAGAAAUUGGUUUCCAUCUUUUCCCAGCAAUUAGUUUUUAUUUGGAAAACUCAGCAGUAUGGUCAGCCAUUUUCUAUUUAUCAAUAUUUACAACUGGUAUUGGUACUCAGAUAGUAUUUAUUAGUACUGUUUAUACUGGUUUUAGUCAACUUAUUGGUGUACAUACUACUCUGUGGAAAAUUUCCAGUCUAGUGUUUCUGUUAUCAGUAUUGUAUUUGAUUGGAUUGACAACUGUUACCCAGGCUGGUCUGUUUGUUAUAACCUAUCUUGAUGAAUUUAUACAUAAACUAUCCAUACCAAUAUUUUGUUUACUGGAAUGUUUGAUUAUAACAUGGGUAUAUGGUGCUCAGAGAUUCCAUAAUAAAGUAGCUGAUAUGACUGGAUCAUCUGAAGGUCCCUUUAUAAAGUGGAUGUGGAAAGUCAUCUGUCCAGUUUUCUUA